GCGCAUGCGCGUAAAACAGCUAGGAAAAAGAUGGACGUCGAAGGUGUCUGUACUCCGCUGCCUGCGGAGUCAGACGCUUUAAAUUACACUCUUUUCACCCCUAACGUGGCUUCUGUGACAGAUGCUGACAAAGUAAUAAACACUAAAUUAGGUAGUGCCCAGGUUGAAGGUGAGUUGUGCCUUAACGCGAAGAUUAAGCCGGGUGGUGUCCAACGUUAGCUUUCUAGCUAAUUUGCUAGCCAGCUGACCGACCGGGUUAGCUCGCUAGCUUGUUAGCUAAAUAAGCUAAUGUUGACAUACCAAUAUGAACGGUAACGUUAAGAGUUGUACAGGUUUUAUUUCUGUGACUUGCUUGUCAAGGCUAAUGCCCACAAAAGUUCCCCUUUUUGUUCCUACACUGCUUCCUUACCCUCAGACUUUGGAGGUUGCUCGUUGUUCCAGGUCAAGAAGUGGUUAGCCACGUGCUAGUUUUCUAGCAAACUUAGUUCCAAACCUCUUAAAAUAAGUCCUAAAAUAAGGUGAUAUUAGGCCGAGAAAAUUGCCAGUGAGCAGAGGAUAUCACCCUCUCUUUAAAACUUAAUAAAUGAAAAGGUGGGACGUCUUUGCUGCUGAGACACUAAAAUAUUAGAAAAUAAACACCUGAAAGUGACAAAAGGUGAAUCACUUUAGAUCUUUAUUUUUUUACAAUAACACAACAUAUACCAGUGUUCCUGUGCCAUUACAAGGUUUGUAAUACGAACCGCAAAGAGGUUAACUAAUAAUGUUCUCCAUUACUGAUGUCUUCUUGAUUGAUUAACUGUUUAAAACGAUCUUAAACCCUUAUGCCAGGUUCGUAAAACAACAACCACAAAAAGUAAAUUCAAGCAGUUAAUACAGUAUCCAAACUUGUAAUCACGCUACUAUGCUCAAUUUCAGUAAUGCUUUCAGAUAUCAAAACAUUGAUUUAGCAUUUUUAACAAAAAUGAGAGCCUGAAAAACUAAAUUGAUGAUAUCGAAUCAAAAACUCAGAGACUGUCUGAACUCAAAAAACAAGUUAAAAACUGGAUGUUUAAUGCAUUAUAUCAAAUCUCAAAAGCAGAGUUAUUCUUAAGAGUGAAAACGAUUCAAAUACAGAUUUUCAGAUAAUAGUGAUGGAUUAAUAUUUUCUUUUUUCCAGAUAUGCCGUUGGUUAGUGAAAUCUUGGAAUAAUGUGAAACAGCAAUGGCUAUCUUAGAUUAUGAUGCAAGGAAGAGGAUGCACCUUGGAUUCUGCAGAAUUCAGUAAAAUUCCCUUGAAUUAACAAAUGCAUUCGCAGAAAGUUUUACGGCAUGUAUUGCAGGAAAAUAAACCUCAUUGUUCACUCUGUUAGCUUGUGCUGUACAGAAUAAUCAUUUUCACCAAAAAAUGUUUUUGAAUGUUUCAGGAGAAUGACAAAAUGAGUGUUAAAGAAACACUAGAUUAAACAGCUUUUACCUUUGCACAAACCAUUUCUUCUUUCAGCACUGGUUUUUCUCACAAGUGACCAAUUUAGCAAUGCGAGCAACCAUUGGAUUUUGUACAAUGUUGUUUUUGUAAUUGUACUGCACAAUGUGAGGUUUAAAUUAGAUUUUAAAAUGAACAGUAAACUAUGAUUAAAGUUGUAAAAUUGUUUUAAUUAAGGGAGAAGAGGGGUUGUUUCCAAAUGAUUUCCGACAGAUGUACUUCCAAGACUGGUAUUUAAUAACUAAAUUGCCUAUUGAUUAUUAACUGACAAAAGAUCCACUGAAUGAAUUAUGUUUUAUUUUAAAGGGGACAGUAUAUUCUGCCAUGCAGGAGAUAAGAGUGAAGAGGAGCUUCUGAAAGGUCUCCUUACUGAUGACUACUGUCAUGUGUGCGAGGCUGUUCUACGCUUUGAACCUCAGCGGCUUUCUCACUAUGAGGUGUGUGCUGCUGUCUAAGGCACAAGUCAUGAAACUGGCUGCAGGUUAUUGGCUUGUACAUUAUAAUGCCUCUUUUAUUUUCCAUAUACAGGGAAAGAAACAUGCACUGAGAGUCAGAGUGUACCUGCAGGCCAAGAGGGCUGAGAGGAUAAACAAAGACUCCACAGGGUCACAGGUUAGCACUUCAUUGAAGAUUUUACACUUGAGUAUUUUCAAACACUUAAACUGCAAUGUCAAUAAACUACCGUAGCACAAUCCCGCUCAAGAGAUCAGGAUAGCCAAAAAGUGAAUAGGUUCAACUUUUUGAGCUUCAUACAAGCAGUGGUAGAAUUUUAAUCAAACGUAUCUAUCUUGUUUGUAUCUUAGAGAAGAUUAUUUAGUAGAUAUUUUCCUAAAAAUACUGAGUUUUUACUGAGGUUUUCUUUCUGAUCAAAAGUCAGUUUUGUGCUUUUUUUCUGUAGCAGACCACAACCAGUGAUAAGGACCGUUUCUGUGAGCUGUGUAACAUGGUAUUCAGUUCCUCUGUGGUUGCAAGGUCACACUAUAUGGGAAAAGUUCAUGCAAAAAAUCUGGGGAAAAAAGGACUCAAGCUCACAGGUAAGCAUCAGUUAUGAGAUGAAAAAAUAAUGCAUGGAUUAACUAAGCGUUUACAGAUGAACAAGUUUUGUUUGGAUUAAUUCAAGAUGUGCUUAAUUUUAGAAACUGAAUUCUCUUAGACUGAUCAGUUCUUCUUGCUCUUGUAGAGGCAUGCAAGGAAGUGAGCCCUUCACCAGGUCUGACCCGGGAUUCUGAUGAUAUGGACCAGAACCCGACAACAGGCGGUGAUGCAGAGCAUCCGCUUGACCCAAAAACUGUUAUAACAGUCUCAAGUCCAGAGAUCGACCUUAAGGACCCAAACAAGUACUGCAGGCUGUGUGCUGCACCAUUCAACAAUCCUCAGAUGGCUUUUCAGCAUUACAACGGACGCAAACACCAGAGGAAUCAAGCCAGACAGGAGAUACUCAAAGAGCUUGGAGAUGACGUCCAACAAGGUAAAAUAGGAUCCUGCUAGUCAGCAAAUCACUGAAAUACAACAGGCAUUGACCAGGCAGGAAAUAGAUUAAAACUGCACAGUCAAACAAAGCUGUAUUGUAUAUAGAAUACUUAUAAGCAUUUUAUUUAUUUAUUUUAUUUUAUUAAACCAUGAAAUCCUCGUUGAGAUUAAGGGUGUCCUGGCCAAGACAGCAGCAGCACAUUUUUAAAAAACACACUUAACACAAGGCACAGAUGUCUUUGUUAGGAUGCUUACUAACAAACAAUCAAGACAAUUGAAAAUGACAGUUUCUUCAACAAGAAAUUCACCAGUCAAGAAGAUUUCAUCACAGAAGAGGUAGAAAGAAGGUAGGAGAUAGGCAGGUAGGUUUAAGUUUUAAAACUCAUGAACACCAGACUGCUGUUGGCAGUUUGUUGAGGUGGUUUGUGUUGGAUAAUAUUGCUGAGGUUUAGUUUGUGACUAAUAGUAAUACUUUUCCCAAAUGCUAAGUUAAGAUCUUGGGAUGUUAAUUUUUCUACUGAUAGUUGUAGGCUCAGUAAAAUCACUCUGUAGAGAAGACUUUAAGACCCCAAAAUAAAAAUAAAAAAACAUGUUUUAGAUAGAAUGUAUUGAUAUGAUUUAGUCAUCUGAAGAUAACUCAGCCAACUUAAGCUGUGAGUGUCACAAAUUGUUCAUUUGUGGUCCUUUGCUGUAUUUACACCUGUAUUUGUGUCUCUUCAUCAUCAUCUACUUCCCUCUUUCACAGAAAACUCCCUGAUGUGUAGGAUGUGUAGCAUACAAUUUAACUCCGUCGAGAUGUAUCAGGCCCACAUGCAAGGAAACAAGCAUCAUACAAGGUAGGAUCAAGACAAACAGACCCAAACUCUGUCAUUGUGUUAUACAGCUCUGAAAUCGUUGUCUUAUUUACACUAACCUUCAAACUGGCCCUAUUAAAGUUCAGCACUGUGGGCUGAGAUUUGUGCCACCAGAAACUGAAAUUGAAUAAUUAUAUUGAAUUUGAAAAGCAUGAUUUUAAACUGUAUUUAAUGUUUUAAAACUGAAUUUAUUUGCUUUGAAAUCAUAUUUAACCUACUUUAAAAUUCAACUCUCUUUUUUCCUUAAAUUCAAAAAUAAAAGAUUCAAUUACUCUGUAAAGAAUUUUUUAUGCUCUUUUUUAGGGGGAAGAAGGUGUCUGACCUCUGCAAAUCCCAAAAAAAAGUCUACAGCACUUUUGCAGAUGAGCUGUCAGAUUACAUUGAGGUCCAGAAGGCCCGUGGAAUUAACCCCAAGACCACCCAAGUCGAAGGCGACGAAGAUGCUGCAGUCAAAGUGGACAUCAUUGAACUUGAAAUGAACAAGCCGAUGCCCAACCUUUCUCACACCUCUAAUCUUACUCAUAAUUCCCGUCCACACCGGUACAACCCAAGUGAGGGGUGGGUUCCUCCACAUCAGGGCUCUCCAUGGCCCCCCCAUGGCUGGCAUUACAACUGCCCUCCUCCGGUCUUCCAAGGCACACGCUCUGCAACAUUCACAAGUUGGCCAGUAAAGAAAAGGAGCCACAGAGAGCAGUCAAGCUCCUCCUCAUAUAGCAGCUCAUCAUCAUACUCCUCCUCAGAUUCCUCCUCCUAUAGCUGUAGUGCAAGUGACAGUGAUGACAUUGAGUACAGGCGGCCAAAAAAGAGGAGGAUUCAAAUACCGAGGAGGGAGAGGGACAAAAGGGCAAAAGGUGAGGACUCAGGCAAAAUGGAGAAGAGGAGGAAACGACAAAGGAGGGAAAGAAGUAAGGAAUCGAGGAAUGGAAGGAUAGAAGACUCUGUAGAUUCAGAUGGUGAGAAGAGGCAAAAAAAACUGAAACGCUAUGACAGGCAAGAAAAAAACACAGAGGAGGAGGGAGGAGAGAGAGUGGUAAACAGAUUAAUGCCAGAGCGUAUGAUGGACAAUAAAAAGGAGAGAGGAGUGCAUGUAAAGACUGAUAUGAACAUUGAGCAGGGAGGUGGUGGAGGGGAUGAGUCCAACAAACCCAAAUACAGGAAAGAGAGGAAGAAAACAAAGGAGAAAGCAGACAGUAGGACAGAGGAUGAGAAACUGUGGGAUGACUCCAUUCUGGGCUGUUAAAUUGAAAAGACUAUUUUAGCUUGAAUUGGGAUUUUUUUGUUCAGUUGACACUGAAAAUAUCCACAGACACUUUAAUAAUGUAAUCUGUGUAGCAGAGAGCAAAUACAUUUUUCAGUUUCUGCUACACAAAAGUCUGAUGCUAGCUAGUAAUCCACAGUCGCUGUGUAUGUGAAAAAUGAAUGAAUUCUGUUUUUGAGUUGGUUUGCACAGAAAUCCACAGCGAUUAUGUUUUUCUUUUCUCUGAGAUACUCAAUGUUUUUUUUUAAAUGUAAUUUGCACAUUUUUUUUUUCAUUUCACUUCUAAAGAGCAAGAUGUUCUCUUAACCUCGUUCCACAUCUAGUUAAAUUGUCUUUUGUUUUGUAUCUAUGCUCCCUGCAAGGAUUGGUAGAUUGUGAUACCUUCAGCCGCCUGUGGUUGGCAGUGUUGAGCCUCACUUGGAGCCAUAGUAAACUUAAUAAAAGACAAUAGAUAGAGGCUUUAUCAUUUUAUUUCCUUUGAAAUUGUGUGUGCCUGGACUUGGAGACAUUUGGACAGUGGGAAAGCCAUUAGAUCUCAUAAAAAUAGAAAUAAAAAAAAAAUUAAUACACACAAGUUCUUAAAAAAACAGAGGGCUGAGAUGGUGCACUAUUUUUUGUGUUUUGGAUGUCUUUGCGCAACCAAACAGCAGAAUGUGUUUGGGGUCAGACAGGUGCAGGAGUUCAGCUAAGGACGACUCUGAAAAAACUUCAGAUUUCAUGUUCAGUUGCAUGAAUUUAACUGUGAGAGGCUGGGAGUACAUUUUUCAUAUAUAAAACAAUUUUCAAUCUCCAAUUUUCUUACAUAUAAGCACACUGAACUUUGUGUGGCCUCAGAAGUUUCAAGCAGUCUAACAUUUUGUAAAAACUACCAUGGCAUCUGUAAGAGCUCUUCCGCACAGCGUAGUUAUUCUUUACACAACACUUCCGUGGUAUCUUGUGUUGGAGUUAUAGCUUUCUUAAAUGAGUUUCCAAACCUGCCAAAACAGGCUGGACUUUGCCUCAUAUCCCUUUAUUCAGAAAUCAACGUCCUCAUUUUCUUUCAUUACCAAUUUGAGUUUGGAGUUUUGGAUGUAAAAUCUAUGAACAGUCUUAAGGGUAAGAGUGUAGGACUUGUUUUGUUGAUAUACAUGUAUCAGGCGCUAAAUUGAAUUAGGACUCUCAGAGUUAUGUACUUAACACAGCUUGUCAAAACGUAGCACAGAUAAUUUAGGGGAGAAAGACAUAACUGGGUAGAGCAGGUUGGACCAUACUUUUUGAUAUAUUGAUAUAUAUUAUUUACAGUCCCUCAGUGUCACUAUAAGCAUGCACUCGGCAACAGUGGCUAGAGUUCUUUUAAAGGCAGACUUCUAGCAAAACCAGUUUUAUUCAUAUAAAAGUCAGUGCUCAGCUAAGGCAAAUGUUGAUCAGAGAAGUUACAGAACAGAUUUAAUUAUCACCUACACAGAGUAGGUCAAAGUGUAUGAGAUAAAGGCUCCGCUUUAAGUAGGAUUUGCUUAAGCUCAGCUGGUGAGGACUAAAUGUUUGCACUACCUCGUGCAUGAAUAUGAAAUGCUGAACAGGUAAUGACCAAAUGUAGGUAUUUGACAAGCUAUGAGAUAAUAGGCUGCUCAAUAAUAUACACAGUUACAUUGAUUUAUCUAGAUGUCUUGUCUAGAGGCUCAAACUAUUAUGAGAGUUGAGUUAAGAAAGAAGUGAAAUAGGCAGCAAACUUCUCAGGAGACGCCUUUUGACUGAAGGCGUCAGAGACAGAUGAAGAAAGGCUCAGAGAUGUGUAGAGAACAGCUCUGAAGCCCCCUGAGAUCUCCUGUUUUCAAAGAAUCCUGCGGUCUCGUUCCCUGACUCUCUCGAGUGUUCGACCCCCGUAGAGCUACAGAGUGCCCACAUCCUCUUACUUUAAGACCCCCGCCACGCCAUUCUGCUCUGUAACCAUCCCCAUGUGCUCAAAACACUUCACAGACCAAAUCCAAAGGGUACAAGUUCUCAUUUUUCUAAGAUGAUACUUAAAGAUGAACCAGACAUGCCAGUUUUGAUACCACAGACUCGCAGCCCCAAAUGAAUCCAGUUAGUGUGACAUACUGUAUUAUCUUCAUUGUAAUACAUAUCUCAAUGCAUAUCUCAAGUGAGUCUUUGAAAUGCAACAUACCUCCCAAAGCUAUUAACACCUAUAUGCUAAAACGAAUAAAUUCUAAUACCACCUCAGACAGUGUAGGGACUUUUUGUUUGUGUUAUAGAUAGGAUAGAAACAAACUGCAUGCCAAACCCUUCUUUCAUGUGAGAAUAGCUGAGUAUAGGCUCUUAUGAGAUUCAAAAACUUCUGUUGAGGCCAUAUGCUGAGCAAAAAUUCCAUUAAUGGUUCCAGAAAUGUUAAAGACUUGCUGAUUUCCUUUGCUUUAUAGAGCAGGAAACAAUUAACUUUUGUCAUUGGAUGGCAUUUAAUUUAAAAAAAAAAUCUUUUGAUACACCGUUGGGACCUUGAAAUAAGUGAAUAUAGUGAUUUCCCAUCUAAGAAUUUUGGCUCUUUUUCAUCAUGAUCUGAGGGUCUUCUCAGUGAAGAGAAGAGUAUUUGGGUUUUGUAUCAUUUCUGUUUCAGACUGAUUUGCUAGUUUCUUGUGCAUGAAAUUUUAUUUUUGUGAAGUGUUAAUUAUCACUCUAAAUAAUGCCUAAAAUGUAAGAAAGACCUGAAGCAGCUGUAAAAUUAAGUGAAUGUUACGCAAUGAUGUACAGGACCGAGGAUCAGGUUCUGUGUCGCUGAUCCUUCGACCCCACUCAUAGGGUGUAGACGCUGUGCGGCGGUGGUGAAGCCAUUCAUCAAGUUGCGCAGCCAGAGUCUGUGCUGUUUUUCUUUUUUCUUUUUUGUAAAUGAAUUCAACAUAAUUUGAAAAGGCAGAACUCUUUUUAUGCAUUUUCAGAUCAUACUGAUAUGGGGUUUUUAGUUUUUACAAAAAGAGCACAGUGAAGACUCUACUUGCUGCAUGAGUCAAACAGCUGUAAGAUCAGUAAAUGCACUUUAAGUAGUGCAAAUCUAUCACUCUUUGAGAUCUCCUUACUUUUAAAACUGUCAGAGGACGAGCCCCCACGUGACCAAAGCAAGGCUUUCUUUAAGGUUGAGCUAGGCAGUGCAAUUGCAGACUCCAAACAAAUUCUGCUAUCCACCCUAUCUCUGAAGAAAGGCAGUCCAGCGCCUAAGUGAGAAAAACUAUGAUGGCCAA